AUGUUUGAAAAGACAAUUGCAAUGUUGCCGGCAAUUGUGCCGACACUUAUGUUUCUCAUGUUUAAGGGAUAUCACCGACAAAUCCCAUUCACUACCGAACAUAUUGACAAAGAGUACGACUAUAUCGUAGUGGGUGCCGGUUCGGCCGGUGCAGUGGUGGCCAGUCGUCUAAGUGAAGAUCCUCACGUAAAAGUGUUAUUACUGGAGGCUGGAGGUCAUGAAGUCUGGCAAAGCGAGAUACCAAUGUUGGCGGCCCGGCUGCAGAUGUCUGAAUAUGACUGGCAAUACAGGACUGAACCGCAAAAGUACGCGUGUCAGGGCAUGAAAGAGCACCGAUCAAAUUGGCCGCGCGGUAAAAUAUUAGGCGGGUGCUCAUCUAUUAACUAUAUGUUAUAUGUUCGCGGAAAUAAACGAGAUUAUGACCACUGGGCCAGUCUUGGCAAUUAUGGUUGGGAUCAUAACUCAGUGUUUCCUUAUUUUAUAAAAUCUGAGGACAAUCGCGAUCCCGAUAUAUUGAAAAAUGGAUACCAUGGUCACGGCGGGCACCUAACUGUGUCAACAACUCAUUAUACCACUCCAAUCGGCGGUGCUUUCCUACAGGCGGCCAAAAUGUUUGGUUAUCCUAAUAUUGAUAUAAACGGUGUCCAACAAACUGGUUUUGCCGUUCCUCAGGGAAACAUACGCCGAGGCGCCCGAUGUUCGACAUCAAAGGCAUUCAUACGUGAUGUCCGCGGACGACACAACUUUCACGUUGUAAUCUACUCACACGUAACCAAAGUAUUGUUCAACAAAUACAAGAAAGCUGUUGCCGUCGAGUUUGACCACAAGGGUUUAAAACAUAUUGCAUACGCUCGUCGAGAGAUAAUAUUAUCUGCCGGUGCUAUAAAUUCACCGCAACUACUGAUGUUGUCAGGCAUUGGCCCGCGAUAUGAUUUAGAAGAGUUGGGAAUUCCGGUUAUAGUUGACGCCCCCGGUGUCGGUCAGAAUUUGCAGGAUCACAUUGGAGUGGGAGGCUUGCAAUUUCAUGUGAACGCACCGGUAUCUGUUGUACAACCGAGAGUAUUUGUGGCCAAAUCAUUCACACAAUGGAGUACUUUAGGUAUCGGACCGUUGACUAUGUUAGGAGGUUUAGAUGGCAUUGGUUUCAUAAAAACCAAAUAUGCCAAUCAAAGUGAUGACUGGCCCGACGUUGAAAUACAUUUCAUACCUUCCUGUGCGUCAUCUGAUGGCGGAGAGACUAUCCGUAAAGCUAUGAACCUUAAGGACGAACUGUUCCGCAAAAUAUAUGAACCCUUUCUAUAUGACGAUUCAUACGCUUAUUAUCCGGUUUUGUUAAGACCAAGAAGUGUCGGUUGGAUGAAAUUACGGUCAGCCAAUCCAUACGAUCAGCCUAUCCUACAACCUAACUAUCUUAAGGAUCCAUACGAUACUAAAGUAUUAGUAGAUUCUCUAAAGUUAUCAAUAAAGAUGGCUCUAUCGGAACCAUUUAAGAAGUUUAAGACAAGAAUUUGGUCGCAAACGUGGUAUGGAUGUGAACAACACAAGCCAUAUAGUGAUGGAUAUUUAGAGUGUCUGACCCGUUCAUAUACGGCCACAAUCUAUCAUCCCGUCGGUACCGCCAAAAUGGGCACCAAAGACGACCCAAUGGCUGUCGUUGACCCUCAGCUCAGAGUUUAUGGCGUGUCUGGUCUGAGGGUAAUUGACGGCUCAAUUAUGCCGACAAUAGUUUCAGGCAAUACUAACGCACCAAUUAUUAUGAUCGGAGAGAAGGGCGCCGACAUGAUUAAGGGUGUUCUCAAAUCACCCCCAAUAAAGCCCGGAGAGGCAGCCAUUCCUUAUUAUUUAACACUUCCCCCAAAACAACAAAAAGAGUACGCAAGGGGUCCUAUGAGUCAAAUCGGGAAAAUAUUUGGAAAAUUGGGAAUUAGUUGA